UUCUGUGCCUCUGCCCCUGCCUCCUGUCUAUAUAUGCCACAAGCGGGACCAUUCACAGGCCAUCAAUCCCCGCACCCAUUCACAUACUCUUUCAGCUAUUGCACUCCUCUCUCUCGUCCUCCUCCUCCACCGCUCUUUUUCUAUAUAUUAUCUUCUUCUCUGCUUUCAAAGCUCCAGCCUUUACAGAAUGGGUAGUAAUGAUGGAACCAGUUAUGGUGCAUAUACCUAUGAGAACCUUGAGAGGGAACCUUACUGGACAUCUGAGAAGCUCCGGAUUUCCAUUACCGGUGCAGGUGGAUUUAUUGCCUCCCACAUUGCUCGCCGUUUGAAGAGUGAGGGCCAUUACAUUAUUGCUUCAGACUGGAAGAAGAAUGAGCACAUGACUGAGGAUAUGUUCUGUCAUGAAUUCCACCUUGUUGAUCUCAGGGUCAUGGAUAAUUGCUUGAAAGUGACUAAGGGAGUUGACCAUGUAUUUAAUCUUGCUGCUGAUAUGGGUGGGAUGGGCUUCAUUCAAUCUAACCACUCUGUCAUCAUGUAUAACAACACAAUGAUCAGCUUCAAUAUGCUUGAGGCCGCUAGGAUAAAUGGUGUCAAGAGAUUUUUCUAUGCAUCCAGUGCUUGUAUCUACCCUGAAUUUAAGCAGCUUGAGACCAAUGUGAGCUUGAAAGAGUCUGAUGCUUGGCCUGCUGAGCCUCAAGAUGCUUAUGGGUUGGAGAAGCUUGCGACAGAAGAGUUGUGCAAGCACUACACCAAAGAUUUUGGAAUUGAGUGUCGUGUUGGAAGGUUCCAUAACAUUUACGGUCCCUUUGGAACGUGGAAAGGUGGCAGAGAGAAGGCUCCAGCUGCCUUCUGCAGAAAGGCUCUCACUUCCACUGACAAGUUUGAGAUGUGGGGAGAUGGAAAACAGACUCGAUCUUUCACCUUUAUUGAUGAAUGUGUUGAAGGCGUGCUCAGGUUGACGAAGUCAGAUUUCAGAGAGCCGGUGAAUAUUGGAAGCGAUGAGAUGGUUAGUAUGAAUGAGAUGGCUGAGAUCGUUCUUAGCUUUGAGAACAAGAAGCUUCCCAUCCACCACAUCCCUGGUCCGGAGGGUGUCCGCGGGCGUAACUCAGACAACACUCUGAUCAAAGAAAAACUUGCCUGGGCUCCUACAAUGAAGUUGAAGGAUGGUUUGAGAUUCACAUACUUUUGGAUCAAGGAACAAAUCGAGAAGGAGAAGACUCAAGGCAUUGACCUGACGAUUUAUGGAUCAUCAAAGGUGGUUGGUACCCAAGCUCCGGUUCAGCUUGGCUCACUCCGUGCCGCUGAUGGCAAAGAAUGAAGAAGAAGAAGCAGCUUGAACCAACCCAUGACCCAACUCUUGCGAUUGCGCUAGGAUUGUUUUUAUCAAUUUAGGAAGUCAUUUUAGGUUAUGGAGUGAGAAGAUAUUAAUGGGUUCAUGGCUUUAACUAGAUUCAACCAGUUAAUAAUCUAGUACUUUUCUUUUUCAAUGUGUUGUUUCUUGUUAAUGAAAUUGGGAUCAUUAGGGCUAUUCACCUCUUGGUGAGUGCCUUCCAAGUAUCACCAUUUCCAGUACAAUUACAGAGUCUGAGCUGCAAUGUGGUUUUAGAAUAUAAGGCUAUGAUGAGAUUUAAGGCAUCAAUAAUACAAGAGUGAUAAACUUCACUACUG